AUGGUGUCCUUCGACUUGCGAGCUUUUGCUCGCCAACUUCGUGCCCUCAUUUACAAGAACCUACUUAUUGCCGUUGUCAGAAACCCCAUCGGCUUCCUAGUUUCCAUCUACGGAAUCCCCAUUGCCAUUCUCGCCCUUCUCUCGUCCAUCCCCUCGCUUCUCUCUUCCUCGAACGGGUUUGGGGUCGGAACUCCAGCACCGAUCAAGAACCUCGCCGACACCAUCACCGGGAAGCUCGUUAUUGUUCAGCCUCGCAACAUAGGGCCCGACGCCGUCCGUGUCAUCAAGACCUUCACCGAGCCCCUGAGCAAGGACAGAAUCCUGUUCCUCGAUGACGAAUCCUACUUAACGACAGUGUGCCUCGCGAACCUUCGAGGAGUCAGCGACUGUCAUGCUGCUGUUACCUUCAUCGACUCCCCCCUGACCACGGGCAAGAUUGCGAACAGCCAGAGUACCAACCAUACUUGGCAAUACGCCAUUCGCGCUGAUCCCGCUCGCGAUGACACCAAAUUCGAUGCCAAGACCCACAAGAGCGAUCAAGAGAACUUAUACCUUCCCCUUCAACUCGCAAUCAACAAUGCCAUCACCAACUCGACCAUUAUCCCCGAGGUCUUCAUGUUCACCCCGGAGACGCAGGAAGAGCAGGACCGGGAGCACCGGCAGUCUUCUGUCUUGCUCAUCGGACAGGUCUAUGUGUUUGCUCUCUUCGCCUGCUACUUCGUCAUCAUCUACCGCUUCACUGGCCUCAUUACCACGGAGCGAGAGUCUGGCAUGUCCCAGCUGGUUGAUGCAAUGGGCGGUGGCAGUGCCACGGCCGCCAGGGUAUUGGCCUGGCUGAUUAUAUUUGAUAUACUCUGUGUACCCUGCUUCGUCGUCUUCGGCGUGCUCUAUGGGCAACUCAUCUGUACCGUCUUUGCUGCAGCCUUCUUUACCAAGUCUCGUGUCUCAGCCAUUUACGUUAUGGGAAUGUUCCUUCUUCUAUCUGUCGCCGGACAGCUCUACAGCUUUCAACUCCACCCUCUACCCCAAAGAGUCGGUACCCUUCUCCUGUCGCUCUUCUUCCCAAGCUCCAACCAUGUCUUCUUUACGCAGCAGAUGUGCCUCUGGGAACUCAACGACACCAGACCCGACCUGAACAAGAUCCCGCCCGCUGAUUUUGGAAUCAACUCGGAGUCCUACAACGUCACCCAGGCUACGAUGCUUGGGUUUCUUGCCGUACAAAUCAUCGUGUACCCCAUUGGCGCUAUGAUAGUCGAACACCUCAUGCACGGCAUUGAGUUCCGAAAGAGAACGUUUGGGAGGAGCGCUGCAGCCGCCCCGGGGGUUGUCGCUGCUACCUUUGACCUCAAGAAGCGAUUUGUUCCCAGCUUCUUGGAGCGUAUGUUCUGCUGUGGGAAGAGGCGUUCUGUGACGGCCGUGGAUGGAGUCAGUAUUGAAGGACACAGGGGCCAAAUCCUAUGUCUUGUGGGACCAAAUGGAUCAGGCAAGACUACCACUCUACACAUGAUAUCUGGCUUCAUCACACCCACCGAAGGAUCUGUGAGGCUUGAUGCCCUGCCUUCCCAAAUCGGCAUAUGUCCACAGAGGAACACCCUGUGGGACGAGCUCACUGUCUUGGAGCAUGUCCGCCUCUGGAACCAAAUCAAAGCAGGGCGAGAGACACCCCAGGAACUGGAUGAGCUUAUCAAAGCUUGUGAUCUGGACCACAAGCGCAACAGCAAGUCAAAGACCCUUAGUGGCGGCCAGAAGCGAAAGCUGCAACUGGCAUGCAUGUUUGUUGGCGACUCAACUGUGUGUCUUAUUGACGAGUGCACGUCCGGCCUGGAUCCCCUUUCUCGCCGAGUCAUCUGGGAGAUCCUCCUACAGCAGCGCUCGAAACGCAGCAUCAUCUUCACCACGCACUUCCUCGACGAGGUCGACGUUCUCGCCGAUCACAUUGUCAUCUUGUCCAAGGGCAAAGUGAAGUGUCAAGGAGCUGCCGCAGAGCUCAAGAACCUCUACGGCGGUGGUUACAAGGUCCUUGCCCCGUUGGCCGCUUGCAGACUGGAUCUCGGGUAUCCCGCACUUGUACACCAAGAUCAACUUGUCUAUACGACCCCUGACUCCCGCUCAGCCGCUGAGCUCUGUGCUAUCCUGGCCUCAGUGGGCGUGACGGAUGUUUCCAUCUCGGGCCCUCAAGUUGAGGAUGUCUUCCUCAAUGUGGCCGACGAACCGGAGCUGGAGCCUACCAAGAGCCACAUGGCGGCAGUCGAACCAGAUUUUGAGAUGACCCCUGGCGAAGCAACUUCAUUCUGGGACCAAGUCGGAGUCCUUAUGAGGAAGCGAUUGACCGUGCUUAGGAGGUUCUGGUGGCCGUACCUUUACGUGCUGGUCCUGCCUCUCGUCAUCACCCCUAACUUCAAGAACCUUCUAAAGGAGUAUAAACAGCCAUCAUGCGCGGCCAUCACACCACAGCUUUACCCUCCCACGGCCCCUAUAUUAAUGUGGUCCGAAACUUGCGUUGAAUAUGGCUGCGAUAGGAUUGCCGUGGCUCCAAGGUCCGCAAACAAGACUCUCUACGACAUGGUCAAGGCCGACUAUCAAGAAGUGGCCGAGGUUGUCCCUGCGCUUUACGAGGGCUUCCCCGUUGUUCUCGACGAUCGUCAGGCCUUCCUUGACUUUAUUGCUAAGAACAGGACGACUGGACCCGGUGGAGUCUUUACUGGAUCUGAAACUGAAGCACCUGUACUGGCCUACCGCUUGAACGCGUUCGGCAGUCAAACCGGAGCCAUAAUGAUUAGCCUGUGGAGUCAGAUGAACAGCAGCGUGGAAAUCAUUGCGUCUCAGGAGGGCUUUGCCGCAACUCGUCGUGACGCGAACAAUAUUGGAGUAAUCUAUGUUGUCUUCUUUACGCUCCUACAGGCGAUUUAUCCCGCUGCCUUUGUACUCUACCCUGCCAUUGAGAAGGCUAGAAAAGUUCGGGCUUUGGAAUAUGCAAACGGAGUACGUCGCGGCCCUCUUUGGGUAGCUUACGGAUUGUUCGACUUUAUGUUCGUUCUCGCCAUUUCGGUGGGAGUGACGGCAAUUAUCAGCACCCAAUUGACAUGGAACGGACCUAUCUGGGUCAUGUUCCCGAUCCUGGCGUUGUAUGGUCUAGCAGCAAUCCUCCUCGGCUACGUCGUCUCACACUUCGUCUCCGGGCCUCUCAAGUCCUUCCUCGCGGUGGCUGGAGUGAGCGUGCUUAUGUAUGGAAUUGCAGCCAUAUCGUUUGCUGUGGGCUCCGGGUUUUCCGAUGCGGCCCAGAUGGACAAGCUGACGCUUGGAAUCGCCUUUGGUGUCUAUCUUAUCCUCCCUAUUGGAAAUGUCUUCAGGGCUCUUCUCAUCGGCCUCAACGUGCUCGAGGUGGGUUGCAAAGACGGAGAGCAUACGCCAGCAGCAUCAAUCUAUGGUUACGGCGGCCCGAUUUUGUACCUCGUUCUCCAGGUUAUUGUUCUGCUCGCUAUCAUCAUCUGGAUCGAGGGCGACCUUGCUUUGUUCCACCGAAAAGGGACUAAGACUACGAUGUUUGUCGACUCGGAGAAAAGUCCGAGUGCCGUGACAAGCAGCGAAGUCAAGGAAGAGGAGACUAGAGCCGAGAACACGGACUCAGAUCUCCUCCGAGCUCUUCACUUGAGCAAGGCGUUCGGAUCCAACCAGGCUGUUGACGACGUGACCUUUGGACUGCCAGAGAGCGACGUGAUGGCUCUCAUUGGCCCCAACGGUGCUGGAAAGUCAACACUCGUCAACCUCAUCCAAUCUGAGUUAGCAGCAGACAAUGGAAAGGUUCUGCUUCGUGGCGAGAAUGCUAGGACGCGCUCUGCGCAGAAAUACCUAGGAGUCUGUCCGCAAUAUGAUGCGCUUGACUUGAUGAACACCCAGGAGCACUUGUCCUUCUAUGCUCGAAUCAAGGGUAUCAAGGAUGUCAAAGCCAACGUUAACCAUGUCAUGAACCGACUCAACCUGACUCCCCACGCCCAGACACUGGCUUCGAAGCUAUCUGGCGGAAACAAGAGGAAGCUGAGUCUAGCAAUUGCGCUGAUGGGCAAGCCGCCGGUGCUGGUGCUCGACGAGCCCACCUCCGCUAUGGACGCCGUCGCCAAGCGAGCGUUCUGGAAGAUCAUCCAGGAGAUCGCACCGAACCGUUCCCUACUCCUUACUACGCACAGCAUGGAGGAAGCCGAUACGCUUGCCACUCGCACCGCCAUCAUCUCCAGACGCCUCCUCGCCGUCGGCACCACGCAAGCCCUUCGCAAGCGCUACAGCAAUGUUUACUACGUAAACCUCCUCCUUGAAACAGCCCCUAACUCAACACCCGAUGAGAUGGACAACGUGCGACAUUGGGUCCUUGACCACCUCCCUGGUGCGCAACUCGAACGCGAUAUGUUGGGUGGCCAAGUACGCUUCACCAUCCCCGGCAACAGCCCAGUGGCCGGCGUUAUCGGGCUCUUUGAACGAGGGAAGCAGGAAAUGGGUAUAGAGUAUUACUCGAUCGGCGGAGCUACGCUUGAGAGGGUCUUCCUGAGCGUUGUACGGGAGAACAACGUCCAAGAAGAAGAUGGCAAGGACAAGGGAGGGGUUUGGAGUUGGUUACGACGGUGA